GUAGAGGCUAACUCUGUUUCGUGUUUCUCCGACUCUGGGCUAGCAGCGGCCGAACUGUCCUUGUCAGAACUUCUUAAUUCGUCUUCUACCAUUGAACCUAACCCAACGAAUUUGACCGCUGCUUGUCUUGAUUCUGGCUCUUCGCCUGACAAGUGUCAGGACCACCCUUUCAAAAGUCCUGAACUCACUUGCCGUGAUUUAUCUAAUGCUGUUAGUCCUUCCAAUUCCGGAUCACUCCAGGAUGCUCCAGUAUUUUCUGCAUCAAGCUUAUUGAACUAUAGUUUUAUUGAGACUGUUGAAUUCGCCCGACUAUCUUAUUCUAUUCAGUGCUUUAUUAGCCAUCGUCUUCAUAGAGCUGCUGCUCCAUUGAUUGUCCUAGUGACAAGAGAUGCUGAUGAAUUGCUUCCUGGUAACACCCAAGAUCGGCCUCCAAACACAGCAGAAUCUGUAAGGGCCAAUUUGUCAUUAAACAUCGGACCAUUGACUUGGUACAUUCCCGAACGUUUCGCCAUUAUUGUAGUCGGCAUCGUCAGUGAGAUGUGCCAUCGUCAGUACCGAGUUACAACUUAUCAAGCAUUGCAUCUCCUAUCAAUCCCACUUCAUAUUACCCUUCCCCCUGAGCACGCAAUUCUUGGCUCUCGUUUUCUCCAAUAUCGCCUAAGCUUGUGUCUAAAAGUAGGUUUAUUGAGGCGUAAUCAUCUCCACCACCGGUAUCAGGUGCUAUUUGCUGAUCUGAUCUUCAUUUAA